CGCAGGUCUAUUCUCGGGCAGUUUGCCCUUCAGGACGUGAUGAUUUGCAACGCUGCCCGGGUCGAAAGGUUUUAUUUCGACAGCCAGGCGCUGCUGCCCGAAGUUGUUCGCCAGGAGCUGCUGAUUGGUGCAGAGCAGGUCGGUGACACACAUUUUCCAUCGGUGUCCGUUCACCUGCAGCUGAAGAAGCUUCUCUUCACCUUCCUCUUCCCACACCUGGAUUCUCUGGAACGGCAGAGCCAGCUGGACCAAUCAGCAGCUGCGCACAGCAGUGACUCGAAUCAUGAUACUGCCCCUCCUGUCACUCUGUCCUCUACUCCUACUGAUGAUCCUCAGCCUGAUUCUCCUGCAAAUACCAUCACAGUGCCUCCACCUCUCGUAUCUCCACCUCUCGUAUCUCCACCUCUCGUAUCUCCACCUCUCGUAUCUCCACCUCUCGUACCUCCAGUCUCCUCUGGGACCCUGCUGCUGCUGGCGCACCCAAGCAGCGAAACAGUGGGCAGGGCAGUGGGAAGGGCAGAGGGAAGGGCAGGGGGCGCAGCAGAGGAGGGUGGUGGUGGUGGGGAGGCUGCUGCUGCAAACGCAGCGGAUAAUAAGGAGGAUACCGGUGGUGGAGGGAGGAGCGGGAGGUCAACAAGCAUCCGUGAGGCAGUGAAAAGGCAUG